AUGGACGCUGUCAAAGAGACCGUCAAUAACAUCAUCCUCAAUCCUCAAUAUGCCGAUUACCUGGCCCUCGUCAAAGCAGCCCGCAAUGGUGCCGUCUACGGGGCCAAAGUCCGAUUUCCUCACGCCCUUGUCAUGGUCUUCCUCUUCCGUUCGGACCCUGUCCGAGAGAAACUCCACCUAAUCUACAAAGCCACCCGCACCCAUGCCCGCAAUCUAGCCUCCUUUGCUGUUGUCUAUAAAUUCUCCAUGAUCUGUCUUCGCCGUACAUCUCCCACAGGGAAAGAACGCUCGUUUGACACCUUCCUCGCCGGCCUGAUAGGCGGCUACACCGUCUUCGGGCGUGGUAUACAAAGCAGCGUCAACCAGCAGAUUGUCAUAUACGUCUUCGCCAGAGUUAUGCUUGCACUUGCCAAGCUGACGGUACAAAGGAGGAGUCAGGGAGGUGUGGGAAUGGGAAGAGAGCUGAGAGAAAAUGUGGAGGGCAAUGCAUGGCCAGUCUUUGCAAGUUUGAGCUGGGCAGCGGUGAUGUGGAUCUUCAGAUGGUAUCCGGCUACUAUUCAGCCGAGUCUGAGGAGCAGUAUGCAGUACAUAUACGUGGACUCAGAUUACUGGGACAACUUCAAGAAUUUCCUUGUAUAUAACAAAUAG